AUGUGUUGAAAAAUUAGCUACAUAUAUAGAAAUAUAAACUCAGAAUAUAAUUUAUUCACCACAGAUAGUAAAUAUUAACCGUCAGGUUGUUAUACAUAACAUUUCGAAACAUUAAGACUCAGCUAUUAUAUUGUAUAAUAUUUCAGAAUAGGCCCUAAUAUCUUAAAAUCAAACGAAAUUAAACCAUCUUUUAAAAAUUCCACAUAAUCAUAAUCAUAAGUUUAAAUCAGACAAAAAUUUUAGAAAAAAAAAUAAUUAUAAUAUUAAUCUAAAUAAAAUAAUAAUAAGGUUAAUAUUUAUUUUCUACCUCUAAAUCUCAAAUAUAUGUUAAUUUAAAUUCGUUUACACAAGGAUAUGAAAUCAAAAUAGGAAUCGGUUCUAUUCCUAUAUUUUAUUCUUACUGAAGUUUAACCAUUUUCACUUUUAAGCAUGUACAAAACAAAAAGGUUAAUCAAACCUUUAGUAAAAUAUUUAGAUUAGGUUCCUUAAGAAAAUUCUUUUGUUUAAGUUAAUUAGAUGAUCAUAAGUUUAAAUUUCCCAUUUGCUUUAAUUUUGAUAGUAUAUAUCUUAAUUUUAACUUUGCUAGUUUUUUUGAUUUCUAUUUUGUAUGUUUUUAAAAUUGCACACAAAAAUGUCUCAAAGUUGAAUAUAUUAGUAAAUACAAAACUCUGA